AUGGCUUCCGCGGGCGGCUGCCUGCCCGGUGAAGUAAGGACCGGUGAAAUCAGGCAUAACCCGGUUGGCCUUGGCACCCUCUGGGUUCGGUGCCCUGCAGCCGCGGGGAGGAAAAUCGCCCUGGCCGGGCAUUUGGUCGUUGGGUGGACACGGGUCCUGGUGGACGCCCUAAAGGCACGGUCGCUGCAGUGUUACCGCUGCCUCGAAUUGAGGCAUGUGCGGCAGCGGUGCACAAGUACCGUGGAUAGGUCUGGGCGGUGCUAUAUGUGCGGUGAAGCAGGUCACCGAGCCAGCACAUGCACCGCCCAGCCUAAAUGUCUGGUUUGCUCGGACCAGGGCAAACCGGCAACUCACCGGCUGGGCACACAGGCAUGCUCUGCUGCCAGCGCCGGGCUUGGAGCCGGGCAAAAGCGACGACGAGGGACCCGUGGCCGGAUAGCUGCGGUGACGGAGAGCAGCCAGGAUCCCACCCCGGCUGCAGCCCCCGCUGCUGCUGAUACUGCCGCUGCUGCAUCCCCUGUCGUGGCAGCACGAAAUGCUGCAUCCCCCGUUUCCGGAGCCGGUGCUGCGGAUUCACAGACACCUACGGUAAGUGCCAAGGAUGGUGGGGCCCUGGGCCCCAUGGAAACUGCAUAG